UGGUAGAAAGAGGGGAAAACAAUAAGAUUUUCUUCUAUUUUCCCUUGAGUAUCAUAUAUAGAGGAGAAAAUAGAAAUAUAAUUCAUUGUUGAAUUCCCAUGAAUCCAGUUCCGUCGGAGAUAGAAUUAGAAUCAGCUUUGCACUUGAAGACCGUACAGUACUUUGUAACGCAAAGGCCUUGGCUUGAUCUUUACGGGAAACAUGUUAGACCAGUUGCCCCUUUCGGAAGCGCCAGCAGAAAAUCAUAUGUUGAUCCUGCACUUAUCCAUCGAUGCUUGCCUGAUGAGCUGCUUCUUGAGGUCUUUGUACGAAUGGCUCCAUAUGAUUUAGGAAGGGCAUCGUGUGUUUGUCGAAAAUGGAGGUAUACAAUCCGUAACCCUUUGUUUUGGCGUACUGCAUGCUUAAAGGCUUGGCAGCUCUCUGGACUGGUGGAGAAUUAUAAGAUGUUGCAGUCAAAAUAUGAAGGUUCAUGGAGGAAAAUGUGGCUUUUAAGGCCUCGGGUACGAACUGAUGGUCUUUAUGUGAGUAGGAACACUUAUAUUCGUGCUGGAGUUGCAGAGUGGAAGAUCACAAAUCCUGUUCACAUAGUCUGCUACUUUCGUUACUUGAGAUUUUUCCCUUCCGGCAGAUUUCUAUACAAGAACUCAUCUCAAAAAAUAAAGGAAGUGGCAAAAUUCAUGAAUUUCCGUGCAUCUAAAGCAGACUGUGUUUUUGGUGGCCAUUACACUUUGUCAGAUGACAAGGUUGAAGCUGCUGUCUUGUACCCUGGCAUGCGUCCUACUGUGCUGAGAAUCCGUUUAAGACUACGGGGAACAAUAUCAGGAGCUAACAAUCGAAUGGAUUUACUUUCCCUGGUUACAAGUGGUGUGGAUGAUAAUGAAGCCAGUGGUCCGGAAGAGGACAUCCUUGGAGUUGUGGAAGGGUGGCAGGACGAUGAAACUCACAAUCCAGAUGUGCCUGCUGUGUCCCACAAAAGGGGUUUAACUCCAUUUGUCUUUGUCCCAUUUGAGGAGGUGGAAACAUCUGUUCUGAAUCUGCCAGUGGAGAAGAUGGAUUAUUAUGUACCUGGGUGAGACUUAUAGCUGUGACAAUCAAUCAUCAAGAAUUUUGUAUCUGUAAAUAUGCAAUGUAUCCUUUAUUUUACAAAAAUCCAUUAUGACUUGCGGUUGAUAGAUUCAUAAUGCAGAGAUCCGGUUGUGCAUGUAUCCAUGUAAUACCAUUGCAAUGUAAUUUGUAGUGGCUGCAAAUAAACCAGUACGAUUUUACGAACCCAGGGUUUAACCUG